CUGAUCCAGAUUCUGUGCUUCUGUUCUGAGUAAUGUUCCAGCGGGCAGGAUGCUGGGGACGGCACGGCCAGCACGAAACUCUACUGGAGCAUUGAGCAGGCUGGAGAGUCAGAAAACACACCUGAAAAGUAUUUGGCUGCAAUAUCAGCUGUAUCUUCUUCUGAACAGCCAUUUCUUUUGCCUUUUAAAGAAUGAGAUGGGACUAAUCAUCUUCUUCCUAUGUGCUUAUGUACCAAAGACAGCAGCAGGUCAUUGCAAGUGGGCAGAAGUUCUGAAAGAUUUGGAGCAGAUCAAGACAUCCAAAGACAUUGAUGUCAGUUUAUAUACUGCAAACACAGAUGAGGAUAAAGAAUGCCAAGAACCUGUAAUAAGGUGCUUUUUCUUAGAGACGAACGUGAUUCUUCAAGAAUGUCUUAUCAAAAAUUGUAGUAAAACACAGGAUGUAUUGAACAUAUGGAAAAAUGGAAAUGCAAGCUUAGAAAAUAACAAGUUGAAUUCCACAACAUCAGCAAAAUGCAAAGAAUGUGAAGAAUAUGAAGAAAAAAAUUUUACAGAAUUUAUACAGAGUUUUGUAAAGGUUAUACAGAAGGAAUGCAAACACUGACCAAAAGGCACAAGCUGGGAACCAAGAUUCUUCCAUGAACAUCCUCAGAGAAAUUAGAUUAUUGCCAACAAUAAACUGGAAAGAACAUCACUUACAAUCCUACUUACAUAGCACAACGUGUAAACAAAGAAUAAUAAAAUCCCUGUAAUUCACGAUGUAUUCAUAACUGAAUACAUACAAAUGGUACUACUUAUGAAAUAUAAAUGAAAGGAAUUUAACAGGGUUUAAAGCUUCUUCUUGACUUAAAAUGUCUUUAUUUUUUGGUAAGUCCACUGGAAAAGAAAUCCUGCCUAACUUACCAACCUUUCAACAAAAUUCUCUAAGAAGAUCUCAGGGUAUCUGCAGUGGGAACCUCCUCAUGAACAUCAGUCAGGGCUAACUGAAUGGGGUUUCAGAGGAAAGCUCUUCUUUUAUUGUUAUUAAUAUAAAAUUAUCAUACGCUGUUAAAGCAUUUGGCUAUAGCUAUUUUUAUUAUCUGAAAUCUACCAUCUGUGCUCCUAGAAGA